GGGGCGCGCAGCCUUCCUGAUGUGUCACCAGCACGUGGAGCCAGGUCGGGCCGCGGCGAGCAAGCCGACCCCCCCAACUUUCGAGGGGUCUCGCCGCCCCGCUCCUCUCCCGGCUUCGCCGGGCUCGCUCUCCUAGCGGAGGGGGCGGCGGCGGCCCCCAGGUCCCGGGCAGGUCGAGCGAGGCCACGGCCCCCGGCCAGGAGCUCGAGGGGCUCCCGGAACGUCGGGGCGCGGGCCCCGGCUAGCGGCUAUGGCCCCGGUGCCCAGGCAGCGGUGCGAGCUCGGCCUUGCGGGAGGGUGCGGCCUGCUGCGAGAGGUCGGCCACGGCUCCCGCCCCGCGCCCCGCGCCCCGCGCCCCUCGCCCGCCGAGCUGAGCGCAGGUAACCGAGGCAGAGCGGAGCUGGGCCUCGCAGGCGCGGCGUGGGAGCGUGGCGAAGUUUCUCGGCGCGUAACUCUUGCGCCCCACUCGGGAGUGGGGCUGCGGUGGGGAGGCUUUGGUCCCCGCACCUCCCCCUCCCCCAGCGCUGUCCCUCGGCCUGAGCCGAGGCGGCCCGGGGGUGGCGUGGAGGCCGCCGAGCGUCGUGUAACCCUUGGAGGGCUGGGUUUGGAGCCCGCGACCCGAGGUCGGGCGGGGCGGUGGACUUUCCCGGGGGACGCCGCCUGAGGGACACCCAGAGCUUCGGCGGAGCGGAGCGCGGUGCACAGAGCCGGCGGCCGGACCCAGCCCCGGGAAGCCCGUCGGGGACGCACCCCGAACUCCGAGGAUGGGAGCUGAGGGCUGGGUCUUUGCGGGCGAGAUGAGGGUGUCGGAUCAACUGGCCUACAAAGUCCCAGUUCUCGGCCCCCGG